AUGGCUAAGGCAAUGGUAUUGGAAAACAAAUCUCGUUACACAGAUGUUUUCGAUGAACCUAUACAUAAUCUUUUAGCACCCAUAAAAGGCUAUCAAGAUAAACCCCUUGUUUCACUCAUGGAAGCUAUUGAGUCGCUUGCUGGUUUUUUCAAUGGAAUCGAAGACAAUGUCCUGGUUGCUUUACAUAAUUCCCAAAAUCCAGCUGAUGGUUUAAAUCAACAAGAAUCAGCUGCUAUACAUCUCUACACAAUGGAGUUCGACGGUGGGCCAAGUCUAUAUCUUUUACUCAAUCGAUCUCUGAGAGCUGAAAUUCGCGAAGAUUUAAAGCCAUGGUUCUUGUAUUUGAAAUUAUUUCUUACUGCUCUUUAUAAAUUACCUUCACAAAAAGGACGAGUAUGGCGUGGUAUUCGAGAUGUCGAUCUCUCUUCACAGUAUAAGGUCGGCACGAAGUUCGCUUGGUGGGGAGUAAGUUCUUGCACUGCUGCUAUGAAACUGCUCGAAUCUGAAAAAUUCUUGGGUAAAACUGGACAACGUACUCUAUUUUCAAUCGAAUGUAUCAAUGGAAAAUCUAUUGCUGCACAUUCAUAUUUCAAAAACACCGAACAAGAAAUCAUUCUUAUGCCUGGUUCGUAUUUCGAAGUGUUAGGUCAAUUGAAUCCUGCGCCAGGUCUUCAUAUUAUUGAAUUAAAAGAAAUUAUACCACCGAUGACACUUGUUAAGCCACCAUUUUCUAAACUGAACGAAGAAAAGACCUCUUCAGCUGGAUAUAAACCAAACACAUCUUCUCCACACACAUCGACGGCAACAACAGCAGCAUCAUCAGUCGACAAAGUACCAAAGAAAAAGUCAUCAUUUGGAUCUGGUAUGAAUAAUUUGCUGAUUCGUCUUUGUUUUCUAAUUUAG